CGGGGCGCCCCCACCGCAGUGCCCGGCAUCGCCUCCCUGCCUGCGAGGACCGAAGCCUGGGCAGAGCCGAGGCCCCGCGCUGCCGAGGACAGCGGAGGAGGCGGCCCCUCUGCGCCCCAGGUUCCGCGCCCGCACCCUCCCGAGGGGGCGCAGGAGGAGCGGGAGGCGGAGGGAGGCCCCAAGCGAAGAUGCCGCCGCCUUGGGCCCUGGCGCUCCCGCUACUGCUUCCCUGGGUGGCAGGUGGAGUAGGGAACACAGCCAGUCCAAGGGAUCGUGGGUUGUUGGCAUCGUCGCUCCAGCCUGGGGUCUGUCGCUAUGGAGCCAAGCUGGCCUGCUGCUAUGGCUGGAGGAGGAGCGACAAGGGAGUCUGUGAAGCUACGUGUGAACCUGGAUGCAAGUUCGGGGAGUGUGUGGGACCAAACAAAUGUCAUUGCUUUCCAGGAUACACUGGGAAAACCUGCAGUCAAGAUGUGAACGAGUGUGGAAUGAGACCCUGGCCGUGUCAACACAGAUGUAUGAAUACACAUGGUAGUUACAAGUGCUUCUGCCUCAGUGGGCAUAUGCUCAUGCCGGACACCACGUGUUCCAACUCUAGGACGUGUGCGCUGACAAACUGCCAGUAUGGCUGUGAAGACACGGAGGGAGGGCCACGCUGUCUCUGUCCAUCCUCCGGCCUCCGCCUAGCCCUGAAUGGAAGAUCUUGUCUAGAUAUUAAUGAAUGUGCUUCUGAUAAAGCCAUCUGCCCCUACAAUCGAAGAUGUGUGAACACAUUUGGGAGCUACUACUGCAAAUGUCAUGUUGGUUUUGAACUGAAAUAUAUCAGUGGCCGAUAUGACUGUGUAGAUAUAAACGAAUGUGCUGGGAAGACCCAUACGUGCAGCCCCCACGCCAAUUGCCUCAAUACUCCAGGAUCCUUCAAGUGUAAGUGCAAGCAGGGAUUCAAAGGCAGCGGCCUUCAGUGUUCUGUUAUCCCUGAAAAUUCUGUGAAGGAAUUCCUCAGAGCACCAGGUACCAUCAAAGACAGAAUCAAGAAGUUGCUUGCUCACAAAAAUAGCAUGAAAAAGAAGGUAAAAAUUAAAAACAUUAUCACAGAACCUGUGGGCACUCCCGCCCCUAAGGUUAACUUGCAGCCCUUCAGCUCUGAAGAGAGCGUUUCCAGAGAAGGGGACCCUAGUGGAGAAAGAAAGAGGAAUGAAGAGGGAAAGAAAGAGGGCCUGGAGGAGGAGAGACGAGAUGAGAAAGCCCUGGAAAACCACGUGGAGCAGGGACAAAGCCUUCGAGGAGAUGUGUUUUCCCCUAAGGUGAAUGAAGAAGGUCAAGUUGAUUUGGUUCUGGUCCAAAGAAAAGCUACAACAUCCAGCCUGGAGCACAGAGCAGAUUUAAAUAUCUCAGCUGACUGCAGCUUUGACCAUGGGGUCUGUGACUGGAAACAGGAUAUAGAAGAUGAUUUUGACUGGAAUCCUGCUGAUCGAGAUAAUGCUGUUGGCUACUAUAUGGCAGUUCCGGCCCUGGUGGGCCAGAAGAAGGACGUUGGCCGUUUGAAACUUCUCCUCCCCGACCUGCAGCCCCAAAGCAACUUCUGUUUGCUCUUUCAUUACCGGCUGGCUGGAAACAAAGUAGGGAAGCUUCGAGUGUUUGUGAAGAACAGUGACGGUGCCCUGGCCUGGGAGAAGACCAGGAGUGCGGAUGAACGGUGGAAGACGGGGAAAAUACAGCUCGACCCAGGGAUGGAUACUCCCAAAAGCAUCAUUUUUGAAGCAGAACGUGGCAAGGGCAAAACCGGAGAAAUUGCAGUGGACGGCGUCUUGCUGGUUUCAGGCUUAUGUCCAGGUGGCCUUUUAUCUGUGGAUGGCUGAAUGUUAUUGUUGCCUUUUACAUCGUUAUGUUUGGCUUUCUAUGUCAGUUCUCUGUUUUUUGACAUUACAUCAUAGACCUCUCCCAUUUUAGAAAUACAAAGUGAAAAAUUGUAAUGCACCAACAGAAUCAUUAUUGUAAGAUGCUUUUCUUGUGUGAGAUAUGCCAAUAUUUGCUUUAAAUAUAGUACCACUGUGUCUUCUCACUCAUCUCUGAAUUUAUAAAAUGUGGAGUUGUCAGCUGAGCUCCUCCUCACAGUAUGUUUGAUUUGUCUGCAUGACUUGAUGAAUCUCUUUUACAAUGUUUCUAGAAUUACCAAAAAGGAAAAAAAAAGGCACAGAAAAAUGUUCACCUGUCUUACUUUUAUGGCAUUUCUUGGAAACUGUGACAUCACAGAUAGACUUUUACCUACGUGGCUUAGCCUGAUCUUUUACAGCCAAGCUUGUAUAUUUAAAUUCUUUAUAAUAAUAAUAUCCAAAUACUCACCUUUUGUCAUGGUUUAAGUUUUUCUAAGUAAGUAAAUGUGUUGUUGAUUCUGUGUUUAA